UUUGCGUGUGAUUAGUAAUACCAAGAUGGCGACUCCCAUGUCCACGUGUUGGUGAAAAGUUAGGCAGAUCUCCUAAAAUAAGUAACGCUCGCUAUUUUUGGUAAAGUGUAUCGUUUCCAGUUUCACCAUGAAGAGGAAACAGAAGAAUCAAGACAAUGACAAUGACAAUAGCAAACAACAAAAACUGAAUGACACUGAUGAUGAAGAUAGUGAAGAAAUAGAUGAUUUUGAGGCAGAUGAAGACAGUGCUCCAUGUGAGGAUUUAGAUGACAGUGAAGAUGACUUUGAAGAUGAUGUUGAUGCAGAUUCAAAAGUGCAAUCAUCUGCUGAAGAUGACGCAACGUCAGCAACAAAAAUCAGCAAAAAAAGCUUGUUCAAGCCUCCCUCUAAUGAUGAGCUGAACCAUCUGAAGGAGACGGAGAACCUUUACCACUCAAGUCUGUUUCGCAUGCAGAUUACAGAGCUGCUGUCAGAAGUAACACUAAAAGCAAAACGACGACGGCAGAUUGAAAAAGUCUUCACCACUGUCAAGGAUAUGCUUCUGGAUCUUCCCAAAGGAAAACCUCAUGAGCUGAUGGACCAAGACUGGUUACCAAAAAAAUUUGUCAAAGUACCAAUCUAUCAGUCACCAGAAACAGUGAAAGGAAGAUUCCAGUUUUUUCCUCCAACUGAAGUAAAGAUGGUUGGAAGUUUUUUGUCCAGAACCUGUGUAAAACCAGGUGUGAAUUUGGAUAUCUCUGUAACAAUGCCCAUAGAAUGUCUUCAGAGCAAAGACCACCUGAACCAGCGAUACCUGAGGAAGAGAGCUCUGUACUUAGCGGUUCUCGCAAAACACCUGAGGAAGAAGGAGGAGGUAGAGGAUCUCAAGUUUACUUACCAUCAUGGCAGUCACUACAAGCCUAUCCUUAUACUGCAGGUUAAAGGGGACACAGGAAGGCCUGUCACCAUACAUUUGCAUGUGAUAGCAGAGGAGGGCAUGUUUAAACUGCACCGUUUCCAUGUCAACAAAAACAACGUGAGGAAACAAUGGUACCAUGGUCAAGCAGAGGAUGUAGAGGAAGGCGACCAACCUGCUACACCCCUGUACAAUAUGUCAGUCCUUGGCGACCUGACCUUGACCAGGAACACUGACCACCUGACAACUAUGCUUGGAGAUAGCCAGGGGAUCAGGGAGGGAAUCCACCUGCUGAAAGUCUGGCUUCAUCAACGGGAACUCAGUAUGGGGUAUGGUGGUUUCUCCGGAUACAUCCUGUCAAUGUAUGUCGCUUAUUUGUUGUCAAAGCGACGCCUCAACAACAUGAUGAGUAGCUACCAAGUCUUCAGAAACACACUGUUAAACCUUUCUAAAUCUGAUUGGACAACACAAGGUAUUACAUUUUGUGAGAAUGACUUGGAUUCUCAGCGCCCCCUGUUGUCUGAUUUCCUUGAGACCUUUGAUGUCGUGUUUGUGGAUGUGACCGGCUAUUUUAACAUCUGUGCUUGCAUGAACAAGUCUUGUUACAACCGGGUUCGUCACGAGGCUGGACAGGCCAUGUUGAUGCUUGAGGAUCAUUCUCUGGACAGCUUCUCUCUCUUCUUCAUGACACCUCUUCCUUUCCUCCGAACAUUUGACAAUGUAUUACACAUCAGAGACUUAUCCUGUCUUGAGACAUUGAUCACAAAGUUUGGUCUGACAGACAGAGUUAUGGACCUUGGUGGUGAUAUGAUUGCCACCGUAACUCCUAGUUUGAUCUCAGUACUACAGCGUUCACUGGACAGGAGAAUUAAACUUUUACAAGUCAAACAGGAGGCCACACCUCAGUGGAACAUCAAGGAGGAGCCACCUAAACCUGGUUGUCAGGAACAGAUAACUGUUGGAGUUUUACUUAACCCAGACACAUGCACUAGUAUAUUAGACAAGGGACCCCCGGCAGACUCUCCAGAGGCAGAAGAUUUCCGUGAGUUUUGGGGUGAGAAAUCUGAGCUUCGCCGAUUUAAAGAUGGCAGCAUUUGUGAGGCAGUUGUAUGGAUGGAAGCGAAUUCUGAAAUUUCAAAGAAGAGAACGGUCUGUUCUAUAGCUGUCAAACAUAUUCUACUCAGACAAGCUGGAAUACCUCCAGAGUCUGUAUGUUACAUUGGCCCACAGCUGGAUCCACUGUUGUACCUGCCAAUGAGGACAAAGAAAGGGAUGAUGAGUUAUGGUACAGGGGAAGAGGAGACUGUAGCUGUUAUGCACACCUAUGAUUCACUGUGUAAAAUCCUACGUAAUCUCAAGGACCUGCCACUGACGAUCAACUCCACGCAGGGGACGUCCCCUGUGUUCAGAUUUACAGAGGUGUUUCCAGCCCUUCAGUGCACUUCACCGACACAACUGGUGGGAGAAGAAGGCAGCUUUCAGUGCCCUAAGGCGACCAAGCCCCUUCCUCCAUAUACACCUGUUCACAAGAUUGUAUGCCUGAUGGAGGGAAGUGGUAAAUGGCCGGACGAGAUAGAACCUUUCCGUCGCCUGAAGGCAGCAUUUCAUAUAGCUGUGGGAAAGACUCUGUCUAGUGACCAUAAUCUUGUUGUCAGGACGACCCCUGGAUAUAUUGAUGUCAAGAAGAAUAAUUACAUAUUUCGAGUGGAGCUAGCCUACCUGCGUGAGAUAGCACUGGCCAAGUCUCAUCGUACGCCCGAGGGGAUGAUGAAGAUGAUAGACACAGCUGAAUCAAUAGAACUGGAAAAACAGAUUGUUGCUCUCCCAAAACUUACCAGUACAUUACAUGGUAUCCAACAACAACACAACACUUUUAGUGGAGCAGUACGACUGGCCAAACGCUGGGUGUCCUCACAACUUCUGUCUGACCACAUACGAGAUGAGGCUCUAGAGCUCAUGGUGGCCCAAAUCUACAUAGCUCCUAGCCCCUUUAGUGUGCCAAACUCACCACUUGUUGGGUUUUUGAGGUUCCUCCGUCUGUUGUCAAGUCAUGACUGGAGCAGAACACCACUGCUCGUGAAUCUCAACCAAGAGUUUACAGCUGGUGACUAUGCAGAGAUUUCCUCAAAGUUUUCCAAAGACAGAAAAACUUUGCCCCUGAUGUUCAUUGCCACCCCUGGAGACAAGCUGAGCUCCCAUUGGACAGCAGGGUUACCAACGGCCCCCAUCCUACAGCGACUUCUCCUACUCGCAAAGGAAUCUCUCAAUGUCCUGGAAAGUCAACUCAACUCUAGUCAGCUUCUGGAUGCAACAGACUUCAAACAAAUUUUCCGGCCACCAAUGGAAAUCUAUGACGUGGUCAUACACCUGAGACAGAAAAUGGUCCCGCGUCAGAACCAGGCAGUGGACAUCACAAAUGAGACAAACAUCCCCCUGCAUGUCUACAACGUGUCGUGUGAGGUGAUGCCAGUGUACGAGUUUGACCCAGUACAGAUGUAUCUGUCAGAACUACGGGCAGCUUACAGCGAGUAUGCUUUGUUUUUCAAUGAUCGUUACGGAGGAAACCUUAUUGGUGUUGUGUGGAAACCUCAGGCAUUCAACAAGACUACAUUUUCGGUGAAUCGCAUAGCAGGAAAGAUGCCAAUAUCGCAGAACACAGACAAACAUUCAGAUAUUCAAAUUGUGGCAAACGUUGAGGCCAUUCUGGAGGAUUUUCAGGUGCUUGGUGGAGGUCUAGCAUCCAAAGUGGAGGUAAAAAAGUGGAAUUUCGGAUCAGUACAGUGAGCUGGAUCAAUCUAGACACAUCAAACAGUCAGCAAUAUCUUUUAAUAUAAAAUGUGAAACUUAUGUGGAAAUGUCAGAGUUGAGGAGUUUACCUUCCUGAUCAUCUGUCUUGGACUACAGAACAGUUAUAGGCCUAUAAACUUGUUUAUUUUACUGUAUAUAAUGUGUAUAAAAUUACAUAAUAAAAAAUAUGUAUUCUAUGA